CUCGCCAUGUCCCAGCCAAAUGUACCCACAGUGCCUCAAAUCAGUCCAGAAGCACAGGACUAUUAUUAUUAUGAGACGAUAGGUGACGCAACAGCCCCCUCCGCCCCUCCUGUACCUUACUACUUUGAUCUGCUUGAGAGCGAGGAUCACACAGAGCAGGUGCCCAUGAGAGAGGCAUUCAUUCCAGCGGCAGAGGCUGCCAUGCCUCCUCCGGUGCCUCCACGGACAAGGUUUCUGAGUGUUCAAUCACGCAGCUUCCGGAGACCUCUCUCUUGCGACUUUUCGAGGAACAACUCUGUCGACUCGGCGAACUUUGCAGAUGACAACUGGAACAUCAGGCUGAUUGAUAGUCCCCAGGGGAGCAGUAUUAGAAUAGCCUGUCUGUGUGCCUCAACAACAACGCUGAUGUGCAGAUACCCCCACAACAACCCUGACUGCAACACAGGUGUGGUGUGGGGCAGAGUGUACCCUCUCCACACCUCUCUAUUGCAGGACACUGAGUUAACCUUCACUGUAUCCACACCAUGGUUCUCUCAACCACUACCAGUUCCCACUAUAUUAAACAUGACAGUGCAGGACUUUAUUCAGAAGAUUUGCGUUUUGUUGGACGUGCCUCCCAGUGCCAGUGAGCAGCACCUUGUGAAGCUCUGUGACUCGGAGGAGUACCUGAGAAAUGAUGAAAUCUUAGGGCUGUAUGAGAGCAUUCAGAGGUAUCAGAAGUUCUCCUUGGACAUGCCAGUGAGAAUUGUGCCACAGAGCGAUGUGGGGAAUCGUCUGUCGAGAAAUGAAGAAGAUGACAGACAACCAUUUAAUUUAAAUCAACUCUUGCACUCUGCAUGUGUGUUCAGCACAUCAAGGGUGAGUCUCCAGGAGAAACUCAAUUGCUACAGGAAGGAAGUAAAGAGGCUGAUGAGUACUCAGUGCGGGGACAAUCUGAACCAGAUCGUGACAGAGGUGCAGACCAUCUGUAAACUACUGUACGGAUUUUCUACUGUACAACUAGAAGACUCCAUAGGUGCUGUCAAAAGACUAACGCCUAUGAUGUUGAGCCCAUCAGACAUGAGUGACACCGAGACAGUUCUGGUGAUUCUGCACCAAGCUCUGGAGAAGCUUCUGUACAUCUUCUAUGACAACUUCCACUCAAACUUCAGAGUUCAGGGUGCAAAUCACAUUCUCCCCGAAGCCGACGUCAGCCUCAACACCGACACUCUGAAGUUCAAACUUGCGGCCCUCUACGAACUAGAACCCAACUGGCUAACCAGUAUGGAUUUGUUUAGCCUGUCGUGUUCUCUGACGUACGGGGGCAAGAACCUUUGUGAGCCUAUGGUCUCUGAGAACAUAAGCACCGCCCUCUCCUUCGGCAGCAAAAUCCGUUGCAACAGAUUGGUGGUAUUCCCGGUUCAUGUCCGAGAUCUUCCCUAUGAAUCCAUGUUGACUUUCCGUCUGUUGGGGUCCAAACAAGGAAAAUCCCAAGAACUGCUGCGCUGGGCAGUCCUACCCCUCUACGCUCAUAAGACUCUGAUCAGCGGCACCACUCUGCUCAGCAUGUCUAUGCUGCGCGAGCUGAGCACGCCUCCUUCGCCAGCCCUCUCGGAUAACCACAGGCAGCCCAAAGGGGUUAUCCUUCAGGUGGACUUCCCGGAACUGAAACGGUGGAAAUAUGAAAGACCUGUCGCUCUGCCAGGGUCAGUCUUGUUCACUGAGCCUUGUUUGGAGCUCAAAAACAGAAUUGAAGAGGUUUCCAAGAAGCUUUGCUUUCAUUUCCUGACGGAGAACGAGCAAGCGCUGCUGUGGUCCAAGAGGCACUCCUGCAACGAGAGGAGCAGCCUGUUGCACCUGGUGCUGGGUGGAGCCCCCCAGUGGCGGCCCCAGGACCUGACUGAGAUCUACACCAUCCUGGAGCACUGGAACCUCCAGACCUCUGAGGAGGCUCUCUUCCUGCUCAGUGACAGUUUUCAGGACCACACUGUGCGCAGGGUCGCUGUGCAGUACUUUGAGCGCGUGUCAGAUGAGGAGCUUGACGAAUUCUUGCCACAGUUGGUACAGGCUCUAAAGAUGGAGUGGGAUUUGGAUGGGCCUCUGGUGAUGCUACUGCUGAAACGCUCCCUGUGCAACAUCCACAUCGCUCAGCAUUUAUACUGGCUGCUGGUGGAUGCCCAGGAGGACACCCACUACAGGAGCUGGUUCGCUAAGGUGAUAGCGGCGCUGAGACACUGCUGUGGCCGCGUCCUGAGGCAGGAGCUGGAGCGCGAGAGCCUGCUGGUCACGCUGCUCGUCCAAGUGGCUGACACGAUCCGAAACACCGACAAGGCCAAGAGGAAGGAUGUUUUGAACACUGACAAGUGGAAAAUUGCUAACUUCUUUAAAGGAGGGAUGUCCUGUCGGCUGCCGUUGAACCCAGCCAUUCUGGUGACGGGGGUGGACAUGAACGCCUGUAAGUUCUACAACUCCAACGCCGCACCUCUACAUAUUCCCUUCAUCACCGCUGACCCUCUGGGCAAAAAAGUCCACGUCAUCUGCAAGACAGGAGAUAACCUGCGCCAGGACAUGCUGGUGUUGCAGAUCGUGCAUUUGAUGAACAGGGUGUGGCUGCAGGAGGGGCUGGACAUGCGCAUGGUCACGUACAGGUGCCUCCCCACAGGCAAAGACCAGGGACUGGUAGAGGUGGUGCCAGAUGCGGUUACCUUAGCCAAGAUCCACCUGGAGUUUGGUCUUGGGGGAGUGUUGAGGGAGGACUCCUUGGAAAAAUGGUUCCACAUGAGGAACAAAACAUGGGACAACUAUGAAGAGGCUGUCAUGAACUUCCUGUACUCCUGUGCCGGCUGGUGUGUGGCCACGUUCGUGCUGGGCAUCUGUGAUCGCCACAACGACAACAUCAUGCUCAAACACACUGGCCACAUGUUCCACAUCGACUUUGGCAAGAUCAUGGGGAACGCCCAGAAGUUUGCCACCAUCAAAAGGGACCGAACACCAUUCAUCUUCUCCUCAGAGAUGCAGCACUUCAUUACAGGUGGGGGGGAGAAUCCACAGCGAUUCCAUCGCUUUGUGGAGCUAUGCUGCAUGGCGUAUAACGGACUACGGAGACGUAGCGCCCGGGUGCUAAGCCUGCUACAGCUGAUGCUGGAUGCAGGCAUGCCAGAGAUGAAGGAUAUGCGGGACCUGCAGUAUGUGCACAACAACCUCAGGCCCCAAGAUUCUGAUCUGGAGGCCACAGAGUACUUCACACAGAAGAUCAAGGAGAGCAUGGGCAACUCCCUAGUCAAACUCAACUUCUUCUUCCACAACAUGGCCCAGAAAAAGCUUGCACCGUCCCCUGUGAAGACGGCCUCCCCCAGUACAAACAUCCAAGAGGCCGUCAUCCAGAAGUACGGAGGGAAAGGAAAAGAUGUGACCUUUGAACUGAGAGUGACCAUUGACGAUGGGUUCCUGAUCAAAGAAAAAACCUUCGGACAGUUUGAGCAAAUUCACAAAAAGCUGCAGAAGCACUUUAUAGAGUCAGCUCUUCCACAGUUCCCCAGGUGGUUUAGUAUGUCCUUCACCACAGGCAGAAAAAUGGCUAUGCUGAACAAGUAUCUGAAGGAGCUGUUUGAAGGUCCAUGCAAAGGUAACGAGUUUGUCUGCAGCCUGUUUCUUGAUGGCCCAACCACAACUACGAAAGACCCAUCUGGUCCAUCCAAACCCCAGAUUCAGCUCCACAUGUCUUUCAAGGAUAAUAAACUCUCUGUAAUGGUCAAGCACCUAAAGAACAUUAGAUUGUCAAACGGCUCCUGUCCUGACGCCUACGUGGUGACAUUCCUCAGGCCGGAUCCACACAACUCCUCCAGGAAAAAGACCAAAGUGGUGAAAAACAAUGACAACCCCACAUUCAAUCAACUGAUUGAAUAUAGUAAUGUCCUGAGUCUCCAUGAUCGUGUGCUGGAGGUGACAGUCAAGAGCAAGAAGACCUUUGUGGCCGCGACCAACAUCUUCCUGGGGGAGAGGAAGAUGGAUGUGGAGGAGUGGUACCAACUUGGAUACAGUCCGAACUAAUUCACUGGAGUGUGUUGUAGUGAUGCAACCACCAGGUGGCAGUCUACACACCUGGUGUAGUGCCACGAGAAACGCCUGCACAUUUUCUUUGAUGUAACCAGGCAGAUAGCUGGAUAAAGUUGUUACAGAACCAUAUCUAUGGGAAAAACUGUUUACAGGAGUAUCUGUUUAUGCUGCAGUUUUAUGUAGAACUGCUUUGUGAACAUCCAAGCGAAAUAUGUUGCACCUAAAUAUAUAUAUAUAUAUAUAGUCUAUUUAUAAUGUACAGGGAGAAAUAUAAUGUAUUGGCAAAGUAUUUUUAUGUUUUAACAAUAUAUUGUGCAAAUUCCAGAUAUGGCUGGAUAAUAGCCGCAUUUAUAAAGCAUAAUCGACAUCCUCAUUUAAAUCUCAUGAAUGGAUGAGGAACAUAUCAGAAAGCGCUUAUGUAAUUGUGUAAGUCAUAUGAAUUUGCGUUAGGUCCAGUCCUCCCCCCCCCCCCCCCCCCCCGAGCUCCCAUGAUCUUUUUGAAGAACUGAAGGGUAGGGGAGUGUUGAAUGGGGGCUUUUUGACUGCAUGGCAGAUUUUGAAAUGGCAUGUCCUGUGUCAGCACACACAGCAGGCCCACAGUAGCUCCUAAAUCUGCUCCCUCAUGCCUUGUGUGUCAGCCAUUACUGCAAUUUACAAAGGGCAGGUGGGACGGGACCACUCCCUCUGAUCUAUUGCAGCUCACGGCCAGUUCAAAUAGCCUGACAUGCAGCCAUGAGAGAGAGACUGGAUCAUUGUGAAUGAUUAGAGUAAUUAUGGUCUGUACAUGUUGUUUUAAUUUUUUUGUAUUAUUUAACGUGCUAUUUAUAUCACCACUGUGCCUCUUCCUAAAGUGAACUUGGAGCCUGUUAUGACUGUCUUUUAGAUGUUACUGUGGACGGGGGUGUGUUAUUUUUACUGUCUGUUGUAGUUCUUGUUUUCCUUGCUGUCUCUAUUUUUCUAUGUUUGGAGCCAACAGUUCGGCCCUAAUUACACAAACUGCCGUGAGGCUUGUAAUUACCUGGAGAGAAGGAGGAGGGGAGGUUGAACCGUGUGUGUUUGAGACGAUUGUGUCCUGAAUAAAAUUCUCGGCAAAUGAA